AUGCACAAGAAACCAUCGCGAGAACAGAGGCCAAAGAUUCGUCUUCUGCGACGAUGGAGCGACAUGCCGCAACAUUUGCAGUUCAAUCCCCAUAUCCUCACUGGUUAUAGGCCACUCAUGACCAUUGGACAAUGUCUUCGUAGUCUGUUCUACAUCCACAAUGAGACUGUCAAUAUCAUGACACAUGGAUUUGCUAUUCUGUACAUGUUAUUGACCAUUCCACAACUUCUUCCAUGGAAUACCAAAGGUAUUCUCGUAGCAAUUUUAUGCUGGUGUCAUUUAAUUGGCGCUGUUAGUCCAUGGAUCGGAUCCUUUAUUUACCACCUGUUUAUGAACUUAAACUACGAUGAAAUUUUUUAUCGAACGCUAUUGAAAUUAGACAUGAUCGGUAUAUGGCUGUGUCAAAGUUUUGGAGCAAUACCUAUGAUGGCUGCAACAGUUCACUGUCUACCUGAUACUUACUGGUACUGCUGCAUGUUUAUCUAUUGUUCUCUCAGCAUCUGGGGUCUUCUUAAGGCAAUGAUAAUUCGUCUAUUACAGAUUUCUCAGUUUUUGUCUUCAGCUUUUAAACACUUCAAAUGCAUUUCACAGGCAAUGAAUGCACGAUCUCCUUGGGAAAGAAGACUAUGUUUUGCACCUCCUUUCCUCAUGAGAAUGCUAGUGAUGACUCUACGAUGUUUCGGUAUUGGCGGUGGUUCUCCUGAUGCUUUACUUCACAUUGUACUACAAUACCAAAUCUUGUUUCAGGACUUCAUAGCAGUUGUAGGAGCAAUAAUAGGCGCCUUACGUAUUCCUGAAAAGUGGAUACCGGGAAAAUUAGAUCUAAUACUGAAUUCUCACAAUUUAAUGCACAUACUGGUUGUGCUAGCAGUUUGUUCGAUGCACGCUGCGACUCUGCAAGAUCUUGCUUGGAUGACCGGUUCGUCCGCGUGUAAUGAAACGAUUCUUGUUCAAGUGAAACAUGUCGAACUGUGA